CUUUUGUGCAAAUAUAAUACAAGAUUAUUAUAAUUGAAAUAAAAUUUAUAUAUAUCAUAAUAUAAUAAUUAUUUUCCGUGAGAGAUGACAAAUCUUAUAAACAGUUUGAUUGUAGAUAAAUUAAAGUCAUAAAAUUGCAUUUACAAACAAAUUUUGCAAGUGGUCAUUCGUGCAAUGCAUGAUUUGUUAAGAUUACUCACACAAUAUUUUUACAAAACUUGCUCAGCUUAUUGAAUGAUUUUAAUAUGAUUAUACGGGUACACAUUAUAUACACAAUACGAAGACUGUAUAAGAUCUACUCUUGAUACAUGUUAAACUUUAACAAAGUUUUAUUUUUUGUUGUAACUUGCCACAAAAAGAACACAUACAUAUAUUCUUUUCUGCAUAAUAUACAAUCCACAGCAUGUUGUAUCACCAUUGAGCAAAGCUACAACUCGAUUGACAAACAUUUCGAUAUACCAUUAUAUCUACUUGACAGCGGAACAACAACGAAUUUAAUAUUGAAUUAAAUUAAAAGAUUAAUUUAGCUGUUUUGUAAUUGGCCUAACGAUAAAAUAAGAUGUAAAAAUAGUCACACUGAAUUAGCCCUUUGCUACAUCAUGAUCUGUAAAAAGUAUGUGCAAAAAAUUUAUGUAUGCUCUUUAGUGUUGUAACUGCUGUAAAUUAGGUUUUAUACGUCUACAUCAUAUAACCGCGCGAAUAAAAUAAAUCAAAAUUUGUAGUGAUUUCUAAAUGCAGUUGAUAACUGUCUAUGCGUCUAGAAAUGUACUUCUGAAGUCGGUUCGAGUGGAACUUGUACAUUAUGUUGUGUGAUUUGAUAAAAUAAAUACUUGUAAGACUUUUGUUUUAUAUAACGUUUCUCAAUCAUUUUAACACAAGUACUGCCCAACUAAAUAGAGAUGUAAAUAAUAAAUUGUGAUUCAAAUCGUAUGUUGUAUGAGAAAAAAUUUUAAAUUAUGUGCGUGUAUAUGUUUCCCCCUGUCUUUCUAUAUAGUAAGUACAUACGUACAAGUUUGCGCGCUCGCGCGUCGUUUAUGUGUGAGUGAGUGACGUUUUUCUAAUAGUGGCGGGAACAGACACAUCUGUUGAACGUACACAGGAAAUGUCUUGUUAAAGUACUUGGCUGCCGCUAAAGCGCAGGCUAUAGUUUUUCACUCGGAAGGCAGAUGUGAGUGCCAUUGGAAGAAAAUCCCCACCAACCGAAAAAUGAAAGUCUCCACUGUGUAAUCGAUAGCUCUCGCAGCAGUGCGUAUGUAGCUCAAGGUCGAGUAAAAUGUUGCGCGUAUAAGCAUGCAAAUGUGAACUGUGUUAUUUAUCCUUGUAUAUUAAUUGCGUUUCGAGUCAACAGUUCGCUCUGCUUGAAGAUCACUGCAUCGUGAGAAAUGCAGCGAGAAUGAACGUUGUUUGAAAGCUUUUAAACUUCAAAUUUAUGAAUACCUUGUACAAUCUUUUUUCCUUUCUUGACAAUGUAAACAACCGAUCGACAUCGACAUCUGGAUGAUUCGUAUAAGUAUACAAAUAUACAUAUUUGGUGGAAAAAUAACGUAAGAUGUGUGACGUUAGUCUUGAUCGUCAUGCAAACAAUGAUUGUGACACGGUACAAUUGACUGUGAUAUAAGAAAAAUGUAAUAUUGCUAUUAAUAUCCUUAAAUUGAAAUUAUGAAAUUAUAAAAAUAUAAUAUUGCGCGACACGAUUGCAAAAGUAAAACAUUGGAAGCUCUACAAAUUAUUUCAAUUGUAUCGAGAUGAGCAAUAAAUUCAUUUUUUAUUUACAUUAAGAAACUGGAACGCGAAUAACUCUUCGUAAACGAAACGGAAGGUGGAAAUACGAAUUAGAAGAAAAUUAACGAUCGUUCGAAUGAUCAAGGAAUUGUGAUUCUUCACGAUGGAAAACAACAUAGUAUUCAUACAAAAAACGUUUCUUCGAUUAACUCGAGAUUAUAUCCAACACGGGGCUACGAUAAACGAGUUAAAAUCCAUUACUAUGACCAAUAUAGACAAUAAUAAGAAUCGUAGCUUUGCAAUGUGCUCGAGGAAAAUACUGAUAAUGUUACUCGUGCCAUUUCUUUUUGGCAUACUUAAUAGAUAUCUCUACACGAAUAUAAUUAAAAGUUUUCAAGGAACUCGAUGCUUGUUGCCAAAUAAUUAUCUCAUAUGGGAAUUUACAAGGCCGAUAUCGAAUUGCGAUUACUGUCGCGAUAUCGAAGCGCCGUUAAUUCUGCCAAAUCUAACUAAAGAAGAAUUUCGUUUCUACUGUUAUUCGUCUCGACCUAUGAUAGUGAAAAACGCGGCUUACGAUUGGCCUGCGCGCAAAGAAUUCACUUUGGGAUUUUUUCGAAAUCUGUACGAGCGUAUCGAGGGUGCCUACAAUUCCGUAGAAGAGGAAUGCCAAUUCUUGCAUUUUAAGAGUAACUUGGCCAACUUGCGCCAAGUGUUCGCGAUGAGUGAAGGUCGAGCGUUGCAUCGAGAUGGUGAGGAUCCUUGGUAUGUAGGCUGGAAAAAUUGUCACUUACAGAUUCUAGAUGCCAUGAGACAGUUUUACAGUGUACCUCACUUUUUGCCGGAAGACGCGGAAAUUCCGUACAGUAAUUAUAUUUUUUUGGGUUACGAGGAAGGUGCCGUUAUGCAUCUGGAUUACAUAUCGAGACUCAUGUGGCAAGCUCAAGUAAUAGGUAGUAAAACAUGGACUGUGGCUCCGACGCCGGAGUGUGAUAGCGAAUGUAAAUCUUUUAAAUUCUUUGUCAAUGCGGCGGACAUCGUACUGCUGGAUACGCGGAUUUGGUACCACGGUACUAGCAUCAAUAAUGGAAAUUUCAGUUUGACAAUCACCUCUGAGUACGGCUAGACUUUUUCUUUUUACGCAUAUUUUAGAAUGUACAUCUAUGAUUUAUCACAGACUGCUUUGAUAAGAUUCUAAGUAGUUAUCUCUGCGGAUAUUCGAGAGAUUUACUAAAUGGACGGUGUAUUAAUGUCACUUUUUCGUAUCUAACAUUGUCAUACAUUGUUAUCAUGAUCGAUAAAAUGUACUAUAAAACAGGAGAUGAGAUUAAACACAAUGGAUAAUAAUCGAGGAAAAUUAUCUAUAUGAUAAUAUAUACAUUGUAUGAAUGUAGUAGAAUGUGUCUUUUUGUAAAUUGCGAAUAGAUUAUUUCUUGUUUUAUUUAAUUUAUUUUUUCCCCCUAAUGCUACUGUGUGUGGAGAAAUAAUUUCAAAACAAAUUCAAAAAUUUAUAUUACUCUUUGCUUUUAUACUCGACUACAUUGUUUGUGUAGCGUCGUAAUGUACAUAUAUUCUAUAUUUUUGUAAUUUUUAAUAAAAGCUUGAAAAAACA